AUGCCUGGAGCGCCACGUUUUACGCAGAAACCCUCCAUACAACAAACACCGCAAGGGGAUCUGUUAAUGGAAUGCUAUCUGGAAGCUGAUCCACCGCCUGAUAUUGUAUGGAACCAUGCUGGUACGCCAAUUAUUGGUGGACCACGUGUUAAGCUAACACUUACCAAUUUGCAAUCCAGUCUCUAUAAAGCAAUUUUAAUCAUCAAGGAGCCAAAUGUUGGUGAUGGUGGUGCAUAUAAAUGUACAGCAAGGAAUCAGUUCGGUGAAUCAAAUGCAAAUAUCAAUCUUAACUUCGCAGGUGCUGGUGAUGAGCAAAAAGGGUCAGCUAAGGGGCCAACAUUUCUAAGCAAACCACGAAUUAUCCCAAAAGACGGUGGAGCAUUAAUUGUGAUGGAGUGUCGAGUGAAAAGUUCUUCAAAACCGCAUGGUACCUGGUAUAAAAAUGGUGUACCAAUCCAUGAAAAUGCUCUUUACUCCAUAUUUUUCUCAGAUCUCGGGGAAUCCUCAUAUCUCUUACAACUAGAAUUACAAAACCCCGUGGCAGAAGAUGCUGGACAAUAUAGAUGUAAUAUCAAGAAUGAUCUAGGUGAAACAAAUGCUAAUUUAACAUUAAACUUUGAGCAAGAACCAGCGGAGCAAUAUGAAAAGAAUCGUGAAAAAGAUUCUACUUCUCCUCGGCCCGCAUCUCGACAAGGCUCAAGGCCAGGCUCACCUAAGAAACAAACGAAAUCACGAGAAGGGACACCAAAGAAAUCAUUGAAAUCACCGAGAACAUCAAUACAGUCAAGAACUGUAACACCAACACAGGAAACAGAAGCCAACGCUUCGACAGCAACCGAAAUUUCGGAAGUUAAAACAGAACAAGUGGAGAGUGAUAGUAUCAGUGCAAAGCGAAAGAGCAUGACAGCGCUUCCACUAAAAGAAAAAAAAUCACGACAAAAAUCACCGCGACCUAAAUCUAAGUCACCGAGACCUGAAACUCUUGAGGCGGCUACUGAAAAAACAAGAACGGACAGUAUUUCUACGGCUGCGGCAACCAAUAAAGCAGACGAAACUUUGGCUGCAAAAGCGAGUGUAGUGCGGAAAAUAUCAAAAGAUAGUUCUGUUAAAGAUGAUAAAAGUGAAGCUGAAGAAUUGAUAAAUGAAAUGUCAAAAUCUACUACAACUACAAAAGCAAAAGAAACAAAAACAAAUAAAAUAACGAAACGUUCACUAGAAGCCACAGAUAAGAAUCUGAAAUCGGAAUCCAGUCUCUUUUCGGAGUCUGAACAAGAAAAAUCCAUUUCAUCGAUUACUCCUAGUGAAAAGAAACAUUCUACAAAAUCAAGCGAACCGGUGAAGAGAAAAAAGAAAGAAGAUCAAAAAUCUAAACCAUCAAAGCCUCCUGAUUUGAAAUUAGAGUCUGAAGAAAGAGAAAUUGAUGAAACCUCGGAAUCUGGCUUAAGAAUUGAGCCCGAACGGAAAAAAGAGCUCAUGGCAAUGCAUUUAGAUGGAGACGCUUCAGGGGAUGAAAUAUCGGAAUCCAUUUCAGAAUUGCCUUCCGUUUCCGAAAUCGCUUGUAAAAAGAGACCUUCAGCAAUAGCGGAGCAAAGUGUCAUAAGGAGGUCAACAGGUGGUAUCAAAACGAGUCGAAGGCGCAGUAGUGUUGACAUGCGUCGCGAAAAUCUGGCUGCUGAAAUUCUGGAUAAACUCUCAACUCCAUUAAGAAAUAUUGGUCCAGAAGGUCCACCAAGGAUUCUUGAAAUCCCAGAAAAUGUUACCGUUGGAAAAAAUGAUACAGCUGUUUUGAAGUGUAAAGUCGAAGGCAAUCCAGUACCAACGUACAGAUGGAGUAAAGGACUUCGUGAGAUUCCUUCUGGUGGUCGAUGCAGAAUAGUUACGGAUCAACAGGACAAUUCAGUAAAUCUCAUUAUGCAGAAAUGUCGAUCGAACGAUGACGGCCCAUAUACAUUAACUAUUGAAAAUAAACACGGCAAAGAUUCUGCCACCGUUAAACUGCUGGUCGUUUCCGAAGCUGGACUUGACUUCAGAUCAAUGCUGAAACACAGGGAGCAUGAAGAAGGUGGAGAUGAAGAUGAUGAAAGAAGCAUUUCUUCAAGGACAAGAGUAAAAUCGAUGACAGAUAUCGAACGGCGCCAUUCGAUGUUUCCUGGUAAAAAGAUUGAAAAAUGGGAAGAACCGCUGGAGAAUAAAACUGUUCAGCAGCAAGUAGAUAAAAUUUGCGAAUUGAAAUGUACCUAUUCGAGACCGAAUGCUAAAAUCCGGUGGUACAAAAAUAUGAAAGAAAUUUUCAGCGGUGGUUUAAAGUAUAAAAUUGUAACGGAAAAAGCAAUCUGUACUUUGAUUAUCAACAAUCCUGAAGUUGAUGAUAGCGGGAACUAUACCUGUGAAGCAAAUGGCUUACGCACAACUUCUGUUCUUACUGUGGAUGAACCUCCAAUGAAAUACAGCUUUAUCACACCUUUACCAAACACACAAGAAAUAUACAGGACAAAACAGGGAGUGCUCACUUGUAAAGUAAAUAAUAAACGUGCUCCGUUAGUUUGGCAUCACAAUGGAAAACCAAUUUCGAAUUCUGACAAACGGUUCUUGAUCGAGAGCGAUGCAAUUGGUCGUUUUACAUUAACGAUUAAUGAGGUCAUCGAUGAAGAUGCUGGCGAAUGGAUGGCCAAAAUUACUAAUGAAAUCUAUAGCAAAGUAGAAGUUUAUGUUGAAGAGCCACGACAAACCUUCGUUAUCCCUUUAAAAUCACAGAAAGUGACCGAAAACGAAAGCACCACACUGGUCUGUGAUGUAAAUGAUAAGGAUGCGAAUGUUGAAUGGUGGCAUGAUGGAGUUCAAAUUAAAAUAGAUGGAGAAAAAUUCAUUGCUGAAACGGAGAACCGAAAACGUCGACUGAUUAUUAAUACCGCUAAACUGGAAGAUCAAGGAGAGUAUAAGUGUACUACGAAGGAUGACCAGACAUUGGCGCAACUCAUUGUUGGAGCGCUCAAUAAAUUUGUUGUUCCGUUAGCUGAUAUAGAAGUUUUCGAAAAAGAAGAUGUCGAUUUACGCUGUGAAACAAAAGACAAUAAAACUCCUGGAAUAUGGUCGAAAAAUGGAAAAAUUAUAACAUCGAUGCCGGGUGGAAAAUUUGAAACCAUUUCUAGACAGGGUGUACACACUCUUAAGAUUUCAAAAAUUGAAAUUUCGGAAGGUGACAUCUACGAAAUCAAUGUGGGAGGCAUGGAAGGUUCAUGUGUCGUUACCGUUUUAGAAGCUGAAAAAAGACCAGUGAUGAAUUGGAAGCCUAAAAAAAUCGAAAUGGAAAGUGGAAAACCCGAAACCAUUAAAAUUCCUUUCUCUGUCAAGGGUGGUCGAAGAGGCAAUCCUAAACCAAAACUGCUUCGAAACGGUGAACCCGUGGAUCUGGAGAAAAUGAAAGAUCUUAUAGAAGUUGUAGUAAAUGACGACGUUGUCGAAAUUAAAUUCAAAAAUCCGAAAAAAGAAGAUGCUGAUAAAUGGGCGCUGGAACUCAGUAACUCCGGUGGUACUGCACUUGCACAAUUCGAAGUAAUAGUCAAAGAUAAACCUAAACAACCAAAAGGACCGCUUGAAACCAAAAAUGUUACUGCCAAAGGAUGUGACCUCAAAUGGGAUGCACCUGAUGCCGAUGAUAGUUGUCCUGUACAAGGGUAUAUUGUUGAAAUGCAACAAGAUGAUGGAAAAUGGACAAUAAUUGGUGAAACGAAGCAAACCGAAUUUAAGGUGAAAAGUUUGAGAGAACACGGGCAAUACAAAUUCCGAGUGAAAGCAGUGAAUGAUUUCGGUCAAUCUGAACCACUCACCAGUGAAACAAUUAUUGCUAAAGACCCGUACGUUGUUCCUGAUAAGCCUAAAAACAUGACAGCAGGGGAUAUCAGCAGGGAUUCUCUAACACUUCAAUGGGAAGCUCCUGAUAAUGACGGUGGUUCUCCUGUCGAAAAUUAUAUCGUAGAAAGGCGUGACAAAUCUGGAAAAAGCUGGAGUGAAGUAGGCACGGUGCCAUCAUCAGAAGAAAAAAAUGUGUUCACACUCGUCGAUGACACAGUUAUUGAAGACAAUGAAUAUUAUUAUCGAGUUCGUGCAGUCAAUAUGGCUGGUCCCGGAGAUCCAUGCGACCAUGGACGAGCUUUCAAAAUCGUUGCUAAGCCAGAACCGCCAGCAUUUCCAAAUGGUGGUAUUCAUGACUUGAUACUAAGAGUUGGUGAGGAGAUUAAAUAUGAUUUGAUAAUCGUUGGUGAGCCGAUGCCUGAAGCAUUCUGGACAGCAAACGGCAAAGUAAUCAAACAUGGAGGUCGUUGCAAAAUGGUCACUGAACGUGGCAAACAUCUUCUGAAGAUAGAAAAAGCCGAAAGAGCUGACUCUGGAAAAUAUACCCUGACUUUGAAAAAUGACAGUGGUAAAUGUGACUCAACGGCAACAGUAACCGUUGUUGGGCCUCCAGAUGAACCUAAAGGACCUCUGGAAAUCUCAGAUGUUUGCUGUGACGGUGCUACAUUGGCAUGGAAACCUCCGGAUGAUGACGGCGGAGAACCUCUAGAGGAAUAUAUUGUGGAAGCACAAGACAUGGACGAGAAAGGAAAAUUUGUAGUGAUAGGUACGGCACCUGCUUCUGAAACUAAAAUAGUUGUACAUGGCUUGAAGGAUAAAGGAAAUUAUAAAUUCAGAGUGAAGGCGAGAAACAAGGAAGGUCAAUCAAAUCCAUUAACUGCAGACCAAUAUGUGCAAAUAAAAGAUCCAUGGGACGAACCUGGUAAACCAGGUUGUCCUGAAAUUAUAGAUUACGAUGCUGAUAAGAUUGAUAUAGUCUGGGAACCACCGACUGAAGACGGCGGUGCACCAAUUGAAGAAUAUAUUAUUGAAAUGAAAGAUCCAGUAACCCAACAAUGGAAUGAAACCGCCAGAUCACCAACGACAAAUGCAACAAUCAAAGGUUUGAAAGAAGGCAACGAAUACCAAUUUCGAGUAAAAGCGAUUAAUAAAGCUGGGCCUGGGCAACCAAGCAAACCUUCCGAGAGGCAGGUUGCUAAGCUUAAAUUCGUACCGGCGUGGUUGAAAAUGGAUAAUUUGAAGAAUUUGACUGUAAAGGCAGGUCAAUCAGUUAAAUGGGACGUGGAAAUUGGUGGUGACCCAGCUCCUGAAGUUAAGUGGCUUAGGAACGAUGAAGUAUUGGCACCAAACGAAUCGCUCCAGAUUGAAAUGAAAAGACAUCAACACACUUUGCUCUGUAUACGAUCGGCGAAACGCUCCGACAGCGGUAAAUAUACUCUAAAUGUUAAAAAUUCAACUGGUGAACAAAGUGGAGCUGCAGAAUUGACUGUAUUGGAUAAGCCAAGCCUACCACAGGGUCCCCUAAAGAUAUCAGAUGUCUUCGAAAAUAAAUGCAAACUUGAUUGGAAACCACCAGAAGAUGAUGGUGGUGAACCUAUUGCAUAUUAUGAAGUAGAGAAAUUUGAUGAGGAAGUGGGGAAAUGGACUAAAUGUGCUCAAGUGAAGGGUACCGAGGCACAUAUCGAUGAUUUGCGAAAAGGACAUAGUUAUCAGUUCCGUGUGAAAGCAGUGAAUCACGAAGGUGCUAGUGAUCCAUUAUCGACAAAGGAUUUCACCUUAGCAAAGAAUCCAUAUGAUGAACCAGGAAGACCAACAACUCCAGAAGUUACUGAUUGGGAUAUUGAUCAAGUAAAUCUGGCUUGGAAACCACCAGAUAAUGAUGGUGGUGACUCUAUAAGUGGUUAUGUAAUCGAAAAGCGAAAAAAACAUGCUAAAGACUGGGUCGAAUGCGCUAGAACAAAUGGCUCUGAAUGUGAAGCUAGCGUUUUGGGUCUGAAAGAAGGCGAGGAAUAUCAAUUUCGAAUUCGAGCAGUCAAUAAAGCUGGAAUGGGCGAGCCAUCAGAUCCAAGCAGGAAGGUUAUAGCGAAACCUCGCAACUUGAAGCCACACAUCCAUCGUGAAUCAAUGAAAUCGGUCGUAAUCAAGGUAGGCCAAAGCAUAGAAUUUGAUGUUCCGGUUAGCGGAGAACCUCCUCCAGAAAAAGUUUGGAUAUUCAACGACAAGCUGAUUGAAGGCGAUGGACAUAUUAUGAUAACAAAUGAAGAUUACAGAACCGUGUGUGUACUAAAAAAUGCAACACGAAAACACGCUGGCAAGUAUAUGUUAACUGCGUCUAAUGUUAAUGGGACAGAUAAACAUGCUGUGGAAGUAACUGUUAUCGGAAAACCUUCCCCACCUGAAGGGCCGUUAGAAGUAUCAGACAUUCAUGCGGAUCAUAUGAAUCUGGAAUGGAAGCCACCAGAAGAUGACGGUGGUCUUUCAAUCGACCAUUAUGAAAUUGAGAAAAUGGAUAUGUCUACUGGUCGGUGGGUUCCAUGCGGUCGAUCAGAAGAUUGUAAAGCAACGGUCCAGAAUCUGCUGGAAGGCAAAACUUAUCAAUUUCGUGUUCGAGCCGUCAAUAAAGAAGGAGAAUCGGACCCACUUGCCACUGAAGGAGGUGAAUUCUUGGCCAAAAAUCCGUAUGAUAUUCCAGAAAAAGUGGAUAAACCAGAAAUAAUUGAUUGGGACAAGGACCAUGUUGAUUUGCAGUGGAAAACUCCAGAUGAUGGUGGUUCACCGAUCCAAGAAUAUGUUGUGGAAAUAAAAGAUAAACAUGGAAAGUGGACAGAAACAACGAGAAUCCCUGGCUCGGAAACAUCUGCUCGAGUUGGGGAUUUGAAGGAAGGUGAGGAAUAUCAAUUCCGUAUCAUUGCCAAAAAUAAAGCUGGUUAUGGUGAACCAUCCAAUCCUAGCGAUCACAUCAUCAUGAAGCCCAAACAUUUGGCGCCUCAUAUUCAUCGUGAGGAUGUGGAAGAUAUAACAGUCAAGGUGGAGCAACCCUUGCGACUCAUCAUCCACAUUGAUGGAGAACCACCGCCCAAAGUUACUUGGAGUUUCAAUGGAGGACCAGUUGAUUCAAAUGUUGUUAUUGAAAAUGAGAAUUAUAUUACCAAGUUUACUUUAACGAAAGCAAUCAGGAAGCAGUCUGGAUCUUACACCAUAACUGCUACAAAUGACAGUGGUUCAGACAGUGUUACAUUCGAGAUCAAGGUAAAAGGAAGGCCUGGAAAACCAAACGGCCCUCUGGAAGCCAAAGAUGUAUUUGAGGAUCGAGCAACCUUAAACUGGCAACCACCAGAAGAUGACGGUGACGAAACCGUCGAUCAUUAUGUAAUAGAAAGACUAGAUACCAAAGAUGGUGUCUGGGUACCAUGCGGGAAGUCCAAAAAUACAUCAUUCGAAGUUGAAAACCUCAUCAGAGAUCGAUAUUACCAAUUCCGUGUGAAAGCAGUCAAUUCUGAAGGUUCUUCCGAACCUCUGGAGACGGACAGCUCCAUUCAUGCCAAAAAUCCAUUUGAUAAACCGGAUAAACCUGGAAAGCCAGUAGCAACUGAUUGGGAUAAGGAUCAUAUUGAUCUUGAAUGGACUAAGCCAGCAAGUGAUGGAGGGACACCAAUCGAAGAAUAUCUGAUCGAAAAACGAAACAAAUAUGGGCGAUGGGAACCUGCUUUAACAGUACCCGGUGAUUCAACAAUAGCUACCGUCCCAAAUCUUACAGAAGGUGAAGAGUACGAAUUCCGCAUAAUAGCUGUCAACAAAGGUGGACCGUCGGAACCAAGUGAUCCAAGUUCAGCUGUUGUUGCAAAAACGCGAAAUUUGGCACCAAAAAUUGAUCGGAGUACAUUGAAACCAAUAAAAGUGAGAGCAGGACAAAUGGUUACAUUCGAUGUUGCGGUUGAGGGGGAACCGCCACCAACAAUCACCUGGACGAAUGCAAAUGGACAUGAAAUGAAACAUGGUGGACGUGUCAAGCUCGACAAUUCGGAUUAUCAGACCAAGCUGCAAAUACGAGCAUCUGAAAGGAGUGAUAGCGGUAUAUACAAAAUUCAUGCUGUCAAUUCAAAUGGUGAAGAUGAGGCUACUGUGGAAGUUAAUGUCAUUGAUAAGCCAAGCGUGCCAGAAGGUCCAUUAAAUGUAACAGAUAUUUACGCAGAUCAUGUUACUCUGGACUGGAAGGCUCCCAUAGAUGAUGGCGGAUUACCGAUUGAUAAUUAUGUCGUAGAAAGAUACGACACAUCUACUGGACACUGGAUUCCAUGCAUUAAGGUGGAUGGUGGACACACAACUGCUGUUGUUGACGGCCUUGUUGAAGGGCAUGAAUAUAAAUUUCGAGUAUCGGCAGUUAAUGCUGAGGGUGAAUCUGAUCCUCUUGACACCUUUGGAACUAUUUUGGCAAAAAAUCCAUAUGAUGCACCAGGAAAAACUGGAAAACCGGAAAUUGCUGACUGGGAUAAAGAUCACGUAGAUUUGAGUUGGACACCUCCCACAAAUGAUGGUGGUGCACCUAUUGAAGGUUACAUAAUUGAAAUGAAGGAAAGAUUCGCGCCGUUUUGGAAAGAAGUUAAGGAAAUACCAGCUGACCAGCUUACAGCUACUGUAUCUAAUUUGAAAGAAGGUUGCGAAUAUGAAUUCAGGAUAAAGGCUAAAAAUAAAGCUGGUCUGGGAGAUCCAUCGGAUCCAAGUCAUUCUGUAAUUGCCAAACCACGACAUUUGGCACCAAAAAUUGAUCGUUCUGCAAUCGAAGAAGUCAAAGUGCGAGCCGGCUCUAACUUUCAGCUCAAUAUUCCGGUUUCUGGUGAACCACCUCCAACGGUAACAUGGAUGUUCGCAGGAGAACCAUUGAAAUCAUCAGAAAGAGUCAAGAUUGAGAAUCCAGAUUAUAAGACCAAAUUUGUGAUGAAACAUGCUCUUCAUUCCGAUACUGGCAUCUAUAUAAUUAAAGCCGAAAAUGAAAAUGGUAUGGAUACUGCUGAAGUUAAAGUGUUUGUAUAUGAUCGACCAGGUGAGCCUAAAGGUCCGCUCAAAGCGGAUAAUGUUCACAAAAAUGGAUGUACCCUCAAUUGGAAAGAACCUGAUGAUGACGGCGGUGCAGAGAUUAGCCAUUACGUUGUUGAGAAACAGGACGUGAAAACUGGACGCUGGACUUUUGCGGGUGAAGCAGCUAAUACUACUAUGGAAAUUGAUGAUCUAACUCCUGGGCAUGAGUAUAAAUUUCGUGUUAAAGCAGUUAACAAAUACGGAGAAUCAGAUCCACUGGAAACUACACAACCACUUAUUGCCAAAGAUCCAUUCGAUAUUGCAGGAAAGCCAGGUACUCCGGAAAUUGUUGAUUGGGAUAAGGAUCAUGUAGAUCUGCAGUGGAAUUCUCCCUCGGAUGAUGGUGGUGCCCCGAUCGAAAAAUAUGUCAUUGAAAAAAAGACAACAAACGGUGAUUGGGAGUAUGCGGAAGAGGUACCCGCAGAUCAAACCACCAUAACGGUAGGCCAGUUAAAAGAAGGUGCAAUCUACCAUUUUCGAAUAAAAGCAAUCAACAAAGCCGGAGAGUCGACACCCUCCGAUCCAAGUCACACCUUCGUAGCCAAAGCGCGCAAUUUACCUCCAAAGAUUGAUCGGUCUAAUUUGAAUGAAAUCCGCAUAAAAACCGGAGGUACUAUCGAAUUCAAUGUGAAGGUUGAGGGAGAACCACCACCAAAGAUUUCUUGGUUCAAUAACGGAUUACCACUGAUAACCUUUGAACGCACAAAAGUCGACAAUUCAGUAGAUUACCGUACAAAAUUGGUUACUAUAAAUUCGGUACGUGGUGACUCUGGUAUCUACAAAAUUGUUGCCACUAAUGAGAACGGUAAAGAUGAAGCGGAGGUGAAGGUUGUAGUGCUCGAUAUUCCAGGAACUCCGAACGGACCUUUGGAAGCUACUGAUAUCACGAAGGAAAGUUGCACAGUGAACUGGAAUCCACCUGAUGAUGACGGUGGUUCACCUAUUUCACAUUACCUCGUUGAGAAACAGGAGGCUAAUGGUCGUUGGAUACCAUGUGGUGAGACUUCGGCUACCAGUUUGCGUGUCAAUAAACUUGUAGAGGGUAAGGAAUACAAAUUCCGUGUAAGAGCUGUGAAUCGUCAAGGAGAAUCACAACCCUUAACUUCAACUUAUCCAAUAAUUGCCAAGAAUCCGUUUGAUGAACCUGGUAAGCCCACGGACUUGGCUGCAGUGGACUGGGAUAAAGAUCACGUCGACUUGGAGUGGAAAGCACCAAUGAAUGACGGCGGCGCACAAAUUGAAAGCUAUAUUGUAGAGAGAAAAGAUAAAUUUGGUGAUUGGGUCCCAUGCGUAACGGUUCCAGGAAAUAUGACUAAAGCUACUGCAGCUAAUUUGAUACCAGGCGAAAUCUAUCAAUUUCGUGUGCGAGCUCUUAACAGAGGUGGAAAAGGAGAGCCUUCGGAUCCUACCGGGGAGAUGAUUGCAAAACCAAGAAAGCUAGCACCUAAAAUCAAUCUAGGUGAACUUUUCGAUAUCCGAGUUCGAGCUGGAUCACCAAUCCACCUCGAAGUGGACUAUGACGGUGAACCAACACCAAAGGCAUAUUGGAAAAUUAACGACGUCCCCCUUACUGGUACUGAUAGGAUAGAAAUUAUUACGAAAGAUAAAACCAGCGAAAUUGUGAUACCAUCAUCAGUUCGUGGUGACACUGGCAUUUACAUGAUUCAGGUUGAGAAUGAAUACGGCAAAGAUAAAGCAUCGUGUACGGUAACAGUUCUGGAUGUUCCAGGAACACCAGAAAGACCAGCAGAGAUCAGUGAUAUCUCGAAAGAAGGAUGCAUAUUGACUUGGAAACCUCCAAGCGAUGAUGGUGGCUCCGACAUUACACACUACGUAGUCGAGAAAAUGGAUACGAUUCGUGGUAGCUGGCAGGAAAUAGGCCAUUUUCCAAACUGUACUGCUAAAGUAACAAAAUUGAUUGAUGGAAAAGAGUACAAAUUCCGUGUCAAAGCAGUCAAUAUGCAAGGAGAGUCAAAACCACUGGAAAGCCAGGAAAUGAUUGCCAGAAACCAAUUUGAUGUGCCACAACCAACGUCGAAACCGGAGGUCACUAAUUGGGAUAAAGACUGGAUUGACAUCACAUGGAAGCCACCCACCGAUACUGGUGGACUCCCGAUACAGCAAUACAUCGUAGAAAAGAAAGAAAAAGGUAAUCCAGUUUGGAUUGAGGCAGGAAAAGUUAGUGGAGAUGCCACAGCAUUCUCAGCUAAUGGUUUAAAACCUGGGUCAGAAUACGAAUUCCGAGUUAUUGCGAUAAAUGAAAUUGGUCCAUCCGACCCGUCCGAGCCAUCAGAUACUCAAAUAGCUCGACCAAAAUAUGUGAGGCCCGAAAUUAUCUCUCAAAUACGAAAAUUUAAAGUCAAAGCAGGUUUAUCACUGACAGUAGAAGCGGAAUAUAUUGGUUCUCCGAAUCCGUCGGUAACUUGGGAAUUCAAGAAAGGUGAACCAUUAGCUGAAAACCUUUUGUUAAGUGGUAAGAAUGGCUUGUUGACAAGUACAACAAGUUUUUUUAUACCAUCUGCUAAACGAUCUGAAGGUGGAAAUUAUACAUUAAAACUGAAAAAUGAAGUUGGGGAAACUUCUGGUUUAUUUGAGAUCAUUGUCCAAGAUAAACCGUCAACACCACAAGGACCGAUAGAAGUAACUAAUGUUACUAAAGAGGGCUGUGUCCUUAACUGGCAACCACCGGAAGAUGAUGGUGGUUCGGAAAUCACCAAUUAUGUAGUCGAGAAGCGUGAUCUACGAUCGAAUACUUGGACACCGGUGUCAGAUUUUGUUCCUGGUACCACAGCUGUAGUGUCAAAACUUACCGAGGGACACCAAUACGAAUUCCGAAUUAUGGCCGAAAACGCAAAUGGACGGUCGGAUCCGUUGAAUAGCGACUCAUCUCUGCUUGCCAAAGAUCCUUUUGACAAUCCGGGUAAACCUGGCCGACCAAUCGUUACCAAUCAUGAUGUGGAUCAUAUAGAUAUCGAAUGGGAGCCAACUAACGAUAAUGGUGGCAAUCCGAUAUUACAUUACGACGUGGAGCGUAAAGACUUGAAGAACGGCCGUUGGAUUAAGAUAAAUAAUGCGCCAGUGAAAGAUACCAGUUUUGUGGAUGAUCGUGUCCAAGAAGGUCAUACUUACGAAUACCGAGUCCGAGCAGUGAACAAAGCUGGUCAGGGUUCACCGUCGGAUCCUUCGGCUGCAGCCACUGCAAAACCGAUGUUUCAAGCUCCGGUGUUUGAUAUCAACAUUCAUGGCAAGGAAUUCCGGGUUCGUGCUGGAGAACCACUGGAUAUCAAUAUUCCAUAUACAGCAUCACCAAAGCCUGAUAUUAAUUGGGUGAAAAACUGUCAAACGCUCAGUAACGUGGAAACAGACGACUCGAAAACACGUCUUUAUAUCAAUGAAAGCAAACGUUCGGACUCUGGUGAAUGCACUAUUACUGCAUCGAAUUCAUAUGGUGAGACAGAAGCAACAAUUAAGAUUUCCGUAGUCGAUCGACCAGGACCUCCAGAAGGUCCAUUGACUUAUCUGGAAACGUCGCGUCAUUCCGUGACUUUGAAAUGGCGUCCACCCGAAGAUGAUGGUGGUUCUGAGGUUACUGGUUAUCGCAUCGAGUACCAAGAAGCAGAUACGUCUAAUUGGGUUCGUGUCAUCGAGGCUAUUAGUAGUACUAUACACACCGUUCGUGGACUGGAUCACGGAAAACAAUAUCGCUUUCGUAUACGUGCCGAAAAUGUAAUGGGAUUGAGUGAACCACUAGUAGGUGCACCAGUGAUUGCAAAAGAUCCAUUUGAUCCACCUGGACCACCCUCCUCUCCCGAAAUAAUGGGAUAUGGUCGCAAUCAGAUAAGCUUAUCAUGGAAUCCACCACAUAACGAUGGUGGAUCACCAAUCCUAAGUUAUGUAAUCGAGAAAUUUGAGGAAGGUGGCAAUGAUUGGACACCCGUUAAGAUGCGCUUGAUUAAAAAUACCGAAGCUACUGUAACUGGUUUAAUGGAAGGAGAAACUUACCAGUUUCGGAUUCGAGCCGUUAAUUUGGCUGGUGAAGGUGAACCAAGCGGUAAUUCUGAACCCACCGUAUGUCGUCCGUUCAUUAUUCCACCUGAUGCCCCAGAUCAACCACGAGUGGGUAAAAUAACAAAGAAUUCCGCAGAAUUGACCUGGAAUCGUCCUUUAAAAGAUGGUGGAGCUCCAAUCGAAGGUUAUAUUCUUGAGAAAAGGAAACUUGGUAUUGGAGAUUGGAUACCAUGCAACGAUAGACCUGUCAAAAACACUUGCCUGGUUGUGGAACCGCUGGAUGAGAACGAAGAAUAUGAAUUCCGCGUGAAGGCGAUUAAUUCAGCUGGAAAAAGUAAACCGUCGAGGCCAACUGAUAUGGUGCAUAUUGAAGAGCAACCAGGUCGUCCAUGUUUGGAUCUAUCUGGUGUUAAGGAUAUCACCGUCAAAGCUGGAGAUAACUUUGAAAUCAAAAUCCCUUUCGUUGGUGGUAAUCCGAAACCAAUGGCAACUGCCUUCAAUGGCAUGAAAGAAAUAUUUAGCGGAGAUGAUCGCAUUAAUAUUGAAGUAAGCGAUGGUUUUGUGACCUUGACGACGAAAUCAGCGAAAAGAUCAGAUGCCGGACCGUACCGUAUAACAUUAAGUAAUCGUUACGGUAAGGAUACCGCAAAACUGAACGUUAACGUGCUAUCACCACCAGGCAAACCCGUUGGUCCAAUAGCACCAAGUGAAAUUGCCGGUGAUGGAAUAACACUUCACUGGAGUCCACCACUUGAUGAUGGUGGUGCUGGUAUAAGCAAUUAUGUGGUGGAAAAACGUGAACCGGACGGUACGUGGACCAAAGUUGGUCAACCAGUUGGUACCAGUUUUCGAGUACGCAACUUGGAAAACGGCCACCCGUAUGAAUUUCGAGUUUCGGCUGAAAAUCAAUACGGAAUUGGUGAACCACUUGAAACAACGGAACCAAUUAUUGCAAAAGAUCCAUUUAAUAAACCUGACGCUCCUGGGCGACCAGAAGCUAUUGCAACAUCUAAGGAUACAAUUACGUUGCAGUGGACUCAGCCGUUGAAGAAUGGUGGUUCUCCAAUACAAGGUUAUGUGUUGGAAAAGCGUGAAGAUGGUGAUGAUUGGUCAAAAUGCACUUUUGGUCUUAUCAACGAUACGGAAUACCGAGUUACUGGUUUAACGCCACUUAAGCGUUAUGAAUUUCGUGUAUCGGCAGUAAAUGGAGUUGGCCAAAGUCCAUGGAGCCAAAACAGCGAACGAAUUACGGCUCAGAUGGAAGCUAUAAAACCAAGGAUUCAGCUUGCUUUACUUGGCAGAGACAUUAUUGCUCACGUUGGAUCCACAGCAAAGAUUUUGGUGCCAUUCUCGUCCAGUCCAUCUCCAGAAAUAACCUGGAAAAAAGAUGGUAAAUCAAUUGAUGAGACGUCAAAGCGUUUAAAACUUGAGUCGAAUGAUUUCUUGACACAACUUUCAUAUGAAAAAUGCGAACGCAACGAUACGGCUACCUAUACUGUCAAGCUGGAAAACGAUGCUGGAUCGGACAGCAUUAAUGUCAGAUUAUUGGUUGUCGAUAGUCCAUCACCACCAAAGAGUCUUAUGGUUUCCGAUAUCACACCGGAUUCUUGCGUUCUGGAUUGGGAACCGCCGGAUGAUGAUGGAGGCUCUCAUAUCACAAAUUACAUCUUGGAGAAGUGCCGCGUUAAUACGCCAUCAGAUGAUGCGUGGGAGAAAAUUAGUUCGUUCAUACGUGGUACUAAUUACGUAGUAACUGGUCUUAAUGAAAACGAGAGCUACAAAUUCCGAGUUCGAGCGGAGAAUCAAUAUGGUAUAUCCGAACCAAAUGCACUGAAUGAGCCAAUUGUAGCUCGUUAUCAAUUUAAAGUACCAUCACAACCAGAUCCACCUACUGUUCGUGAUAUGGACAGCACCUGGGCUGAAAUGGAGUGGGAACCACCAUCAUCAGAUGGAGGUUCAAAGAUUCUCGGAUAUAUAUUGCAGUAUAAGGAACCAGCAUCUAGCAAAUGGAUAAAUGCUAGUGCCCGCCCAAUAGAAGAUACUAGUUUCCGAAUCCAGAAUUUAAAGGAUAAGGGUGAAUAUGAAUUUCGUAUUAUCGCUAAAAAUAAAGCUGGUUUGUCAAAACCAUCACUGCCGUCAGAGAAAGUACAACUUAAAGUCAAAUUUGGUCCACCUGGCCCACCGACCCAGAUAGCCGCGGAAUCAAUAGGACGAAAUCACGUAACGCUUACUUGGUCUCCACCAGUUGAUGAUGGUGGUUCCAAGAUAACUGGAUACAUUGUUGAAAGCCGAGAACUUGGUGUCCAAAGCUGGAGAGUUGUUAGCGACUACAAUGUGCAACAGCCUGAAUUCACCGUUCCUAAUCUAAUAGAAUUUCAUGACUAUGAGUUCCGUAUUAUGGCUAUCAAUAGAUAUGGAAAAGGUUUACCCUCGUUACCUUCGUCACCAAUCAAAAUCCAGGAAAUGGGUGGUUCUAAGCCUAUGAUUGUUGUCAAACCAGCGGACACAACUUCGCCUUAUAAUCGACGUGCAGUAUUUACAUGCGAAGCUGUCGGAAGACCAGCACCAACCGCGCGUUGGUUGCGUAAUGGACGUGAAAUACCAGAGGGUGCACGUUAUCGCAUUGAGGCACAGGACGAAGUUUUCAAACUAAUUAUUAAAGAAGUAUGGGAUAUUGAUUCUGGUGAAUAUACCUGUGAAGUGUCAAAUAUUUAUGGUUCUGAUUCUGCUACCGCAACACUAAUUGUUCAAGCGCCACCUGUAAUCGAAAAAGCUGUACCUAAUGCCGUAUAUGCUGAUGGUGAAUUAGUACGCCUGAAGAUUUAUUUCUCCGGCACUGGUCCAUUUCAUUAUACAUUUACUCUGAAUAAAAAAGAAAUACCUGCGGAUCAUCCCAAUAUCCAUUUCGUAGAUUUUGAUAAUCACAUUAUCAUUACUAUUCCAUCGAUCCAUAGUAGUGAGACUGGUCGUUAUGAGUUGACAAUAAGCAACGACAGCGGUGAAGCGAACACUGGUUUCUGGCUAAAUGUCACCGGGCUACCAUCAGCACCGCAAGGACCAUUGCUAUUUUCAGACUUGAACGUGUCUCAAGUGUUACUUAGCUGGAAGCCUCCGGUGAGUGAUGGUGGUGCACGUAUAAGCAAUUAUGUUAUCGAAAAACGUGACCUAACAAAGGAUGAAUGGACUGAACUAGCAGCAUUUAUAAAAGAUACUAACUAUUUGGUUAGUGACCUCUUCGAGGGACACGAAUAUGAGUUCAGAGUUAGUGCUGUAAACGAAAAUGGGCAAGGUCCACCCCUCGAUGGUGACCAAUCAAUUGUUGCACGACUACCAUUCGAUCCUCCAUCACCUCCUGGAAAACCUGAGAGCACAAACAUAAGCGAAGAUUCUCUGACGUUGAACUGGGCUCGUCCAAAUUCCAACGGAGGUGGCCGUAUCCGUGGUUAUUUGAUUGAAAAGAAGGAAGUUGGUACAGAUAUUUGGCAAAAGUGUAACUAUAUUCCAAAUCCAUCUACUUCCUGUUUCGUGAACAAUUUGAUCGAAAAUCGUGAUUAUGAAUUUCGUGUAUUUGCUGUUAAUGAUGCUGGGAAUUCCGAGCCAUCCAUGAGUGAUGUUAUCAAAUACGUUCAUUUGCCGUCUGGUCAAGCACCAACCAUUAUUACUCCUCUUACCGAUCUAUAUGGUGAGCAAGGACGAUCGGUCACUUUAGAAUGUGUGAUAACUGGCAAUCCACAACCAGAAUAUCGUUGGUACAGAGGUCUACGAGAGCUUACUGAAACUUCCAAAUAUAUCAUCUAUAGUAAGGGUGACACACAGACAUUGGCCAUUAAUGAUUUGCAUGCGGAUGAUGCUGACGAGUACUCUUGCCGUGCAACGAACUCCAAUGGCACCAAAUCAACGCAAGCACAAAUAAUUGUUUGUUCUAAGCCCCGUGUAUUCCUUCCACCGCAGUAUCAUGGAGGUUAUGAAGCAAAAAAGAAUGAAAAUAUUGAGUUGAAAUUGCCAUUCAAAGCAUUUCCACAACCUAAAGCAAAAUGGUUCAAAAAUGCUGAAUUGAUCAGCGAUUCCGAUAAAUACAAGAUUGCUACCGAUGACAAGUUUACAACUUUGACAAUCUCAAAUGGUACACGAGAAGAUUUUGGACAGUACCGAAUUGUAGUAGAGAACAAUAUUGGUUCAGAUUCUGCUACUAUAAGCUUAACUGUGGCUGAUGGACCCGAUCCGCCACGAUUUCCUAUUGUUGAAAAUGUUCUGGAUGAAGCCGCUAUUUUGUCAUGGAAAACUCCGGAAUUGGAUGGAGGCGCUAUGAUCACCAACUAUAUUGUUGAGCGACGUGAAGCAACUGGCGGACAAUGGGAACAAUGUGCCAAAUCACGCUAUACUUAUCUGACAAUAGAAGGUCUGAAACCUAAGCAUACUUAUGAAUUCCGUGUCAUCGCCGAAAACAAAUACGGACAAUCAAAACCGUGUGAACCAACUGCUCCUAUUGUUAUUCCUGAGCAACGUGUUCGAAAAAAAAAUUAUGAUGUUGAUGAUUUGGGCAAGAUUAUCCAUGGAAAAGGAGCAACAUCUAAUAAUUAUGAUGCCUAUGUAAUUGAUGUUUGGAAACAAUACUAUCCACAAUCGGUAGAACCAAAACGAGAAUCGGUGUACGAUUAUUACGACAUUCUUGAAGAAAUUGGGUCAGGUGCAUUCGGCUCUGUGCACCGUUGUGUUGAAAAAGCUACUGGUAAUACGUUUGCUGCAAAAUUUGUUAAUACACCUCAUGAGGCGGAUAAGGAUACAGUGCGGAAGGAAAUUAAUACCAUGUCUGUCCUUAGACAUCCAAAAUUGAUAAAUCUGCAUGAUGCUUUCGAAGAUGAUAAAGAAAUGGUCAUGAUUUAUGAGUUUAUGUCGGGCGGUGAGUUGUUUGAGAAAGUUUCCGAUGAAAAGAAUCGAAUGUCGGAAACGGAUGCAAUCGGUUACAUCCGACAGGUGUGUGAAGCGUUAUGUCACAUGCAUGAAAUGAAUUAUGUGCAUCUGGAUCUGAAGCCUGAAAAUAUCAUGUUCAUGACAAAGAAAAGCGAUCAGUUAAAGUUAAUCGAUUUCGGUCUAGCAGCAAAACUAGAUCCCAAAGAAUCUGUAAAAGUGACAACUGGUACAGCAGAAUUUGCGGCACCGGAAGUAGUUGCUAGUGAACCCGUGGGAUUUUAUACCGAUAUGUGGAGCGUUGGUGUACUUACUUAUAUCCUCUUAUCCGGUCUUUCACCAUUCGGUGGAGAAACUGAUGAAGAAACAAUCCGGAAUGUAAAGAAAUGUGACUGGAAUAUGGAUGAUUCUAGUUUUAGAAAUAUUUCUCAGGAUGGAAAAGAUUUCAUUAAGAAACUUCUAAUGCUCGAUCCAAAAGGUCGGAUGACUGUACAUGAAGCCCUGGAACAUCCUUGGCUCAGUGGAGUUACCAACAAAGAGUCGUCUCAACAAAUACCCAAUGAACGCUAUCACUCCAUUCGUGACUCCAUUAGACAGAAAUAUGACUCUUGGCUAGAACCAAAUCCACCUCUCGGGCGCAUUUCGAACUACAGCUCUCUUAAAAAGCAUCGUCCAGGAGAAUAUCAUAUUCAUGAUACAUGGUUCAGUAGAGAAGAAGGCCAGCCACGAUUCAUCGUUAAACCAUUCAAUACGAGUUGUGAUGAAGGUGGAAAUGCUACAUUCUCAUGCAGAAUUAUUGCUUCGUCACCACCGAUAGUUACAUGGCAUAAAGAUGCGGAUGAACUAAGGCAGAGUACCAAAUAUAUGAAGAAAUACAUAGAUAAUAAUUAUAUGAUAACGAUAAAUAGGGUUAAACCAGAAGAUGCUGGUGAAUAUACUGUAAGGGCAAAGAAUUCAUAUGGUUCCAAAGAAGAAGUUGCAUUCUUGAAAGUGAUUGAAUCAGCUAGAAGUCAAAGGACUUUGAAAGCCGCUGAAGUUGAGAAACGAGUCUAUGUUAUGCGAGAACCCGAACUAUUUAAAAAACAGCAGAGUGCUCCAAAAUUCACUUUUCAUCUUCGAUCACGUCUCAUUCAGAAAAAUCAUCCAUGUAAACUGAUUUGCAAUGUACAAGGAGAUCCAAUUCCUAAGGUUGAAUGGUUCAAAGAUGGUGUACCAAUUGAUAUGAACAGAACACAUUUAACCUAUCGAAGUGGUGUUUGUACAAUGGAAUUAUUCAGUUCUCGCAUGGAGGAUGCGGGUAAUUAUCGUUGUGAGGCGACUAAUAGUUUGGGAACAGAUUAUACCGAAUGUACUGUCAAUGUGCAAGGUAGAAGCGGCGAAUCAGUGCCGGUAAAACCACUUCGUACAAGACGGAUUUAUGAUACUCUCAGUGCAGGAAGUAUCGAACGCUCACAGUCCAGUGCUGAUGUUUUGCCACGGCAUAUUAUAAAGCCGUCAAUAGCACAAUCCCGGGAUGAUUCAACUGCAAAACUUGAUGAUAAACUACCUACUUUUGAGUCAAAAUUGUCGAGUAUUAUAGUAAACGAGGGUGAACAAGCUGAAUUUUCGUGUGCGAUAACGGGAUAUCCAGAACCACUUAUCGAAUGGCUCCACAACGGUGAACGUAUCACCACUGGUGAUUCUCGUCUAAACAUUUCUUUCGUCACGGGUCGAGCUUCACUAACAAUCAGAAACAUUGAUAAACAAGACGCAGGAGAGUACUGUUGUAAAGCUAGUAAUUCAGCAGGCUCGGAAACAAGUAAAGCAGAUCUUGUAGUUAAAAAGAGCGCUACGAGAGUAGGUGACGCUGUUGAUGAACCACUAAGAAAUGGUGAAUUGACAAGUGAUGCUGCAGAACAGAACGAAAUAGCUAACCAGACCAUCCUAAACGGUGAUGUGAUGACCAACAUGAGUGAAAAAAUCUCAAAAGAAGAUGGUGAAUUUCGGAUAAUUCGACAUCUUGGAGGGGUUCAAGUUGCUUCUGGCUCAACAACCGCCUUCUCAUUAUUAUCUUCCGGAACUGCAGAUGAGGUAAUAUGGCUUAAAAAUGGCAAAGAAAUCCAGUCAAGUGAAAAUGUGACAACACGAGUGAACGACAAUGAGUAUCAACUUGAAUUCUCUAAAGUAUCGCUUGACGAUCACGGCAUUUACCAAGUCAACCUUUCUUGCGAUGGCAAAACAUUUACGUCAGCUGCGUCACUUGUUGUGCUUGAUAAACAAAAUGAACCCCUUAUUUGCAAGCUUCCACAAUCUGUAACGGCCAAAUCUUUAACGCACUGUAAAUUCGUUCUUGAAAUGGAAAACGCGGAAGGUUUGACAGUGCAGUGGUUCAAAGGAUCCAAUAAAGUAGAGAAGUCCGAUCGUAUCAGAUCAGUUAAAUCUGGAAAUGCUUUCAAAUUAGAUUUCAAGAGUGUCGAACCUGACGAUGAAGGCGUUUAUGUAGUAAAAGUAAUUAAGGAUAAAAAAGCGAUAUGUAAACACGCGGCUGCUUUACUGGUCGAAAAAUAG